AUGUCGGUUCGAAAAGAAUCCAAACGAUUUGUGAUUUUUGAACACCCAAAAUCUCAAAUUACAUUUACUCUACCACCAACUAUUAAUAAAUGCAAAUCUGUACCAGAGAUUAAACUCUGCCAUGCUCCAAACGUAUUUCCUCUUGCAAUUAGUACAUCAAGAAGAAUUAUCGAAAAUAAGGAACCAAAACAGGAAAAAGAGAAGCCAGAGAAGGUUCAGCAGCAAGAAAUACCAAAGAUGCCACAGUCUGCAAGACUUAUGCAUCGCCAAUAUACUCGUCCUUUAUCAAGAAAGGAAAUUCAGUUGAAAAGGACAAGAUUCAGUCCUCGAUGA